AAUGAACAAAGGAGAGACUCCAACUAACGAACAAAGGAGAUGAACAGUUCAGCAUCUAGAAAAUUCAUUAUACUGUAAAUACACCCGUGCGCACCAUCUUCAAACUGCCCUUUCUCCCACAAGAACGUCAGAAGCUCGCCGGAGAAGACCCGAUAAUCGUGAUUCGUGACCAUCUAGAUUAGGCAUUCUAUCUAAUAGACUGUUGGUUUUGGGGUGCUGACCCCAAAGGCCUCUUCUUUUUCUUAAUCUUAAUCUUGGCGGUGUUUUCAGUUGUGUGAAAGAAAUAAUGGGAUUGAAGGAGAUAUACAAAGUUGUAAAAUUGAUGUGCUGCAUUGAGCUAUGGAGAAUGGGUGUGCUGUGGACACUAUCUCUUCUAAUCUCUUACAUGCGCCUCUUUCUCUUUCUCUUUCUAUGGCGUCACAAGUCCACUAAUCCUAUACCUCGGCAAACUGCUAUUGCCAACACACCACUCUGCGUUAUCACUGGUCCAACAUCAGGCCUUGGAGCUGCAGCUGCAGAAGCUCUCUCUAAACUCGGCUUCUUUGUCAUCCUUGUUGGAAGGUCAGGUCAUCUUCUCUCACAGACUAUUGCAGAUAUCCGCAAACGAAAUGAAAAUGCUCAGCUUCAAGCAUUUGAAGUCGACUUGUCAUCCUUCUCAUCCAUUAUCAAGUUCAGAAACUCCUUCAUGCACUGGCUUUUGCAUAUGAAUAUGCAUCCUUCAAUCCAACUCUUGAUCAACAAUGCAGGAAUACUCGCAACAUCAUACAGAGCCACUGAUGAUGGUUUUGAUGAGAUGAUGAUGACAAAUUACAUGGGGGCUUUUUGUCUCACGAAGGUUUUACUACCAUUACUCGAGGACAGUCCUGUUCCAUCACGUAUAGUCAGUGUCUCAUCUUUUACACAUCGAAGUGUAAAUGAUGUGCAGGUAAAUAAGGAGUUUGUUUUUGGAAAAUCCUUCCCAGAUUUCAAGCAAUAUCCAUUUGCCCAUUUAUAUGAACGCUCCAAAUUGUGCAUAUUGCUUUUUUCAUAUGAGCUUCAUCGACGAAUCUGCAAAGAUAAAGUGUCUCAACUGUCUGUCAAUGUUGCAGAUCCUGGAGCAGUAAAAACCAACAUUAUGAGGGAUUUACCACAAUGUCUUUCCCAACUAGCAUUUGCGGUUUUGAAACUUCUGGGAAUCUUGCAAUCUCCUGAGAAAGGGGUCAGCUCAAUACUGGAUGCAGCCCUUGCUCCACCUGAAACUUCCGGAAUGUAUUUCUUUGGUGGCGAAGGUAGGACGCUCGAGUCUUCCCCCUUGUCCCACGACACUGUGCUUGCAGAGAGAUUAUGGGAAACGUCUUCUGAUAUAUUUCUGGAUUUGAAGCAUUCUUAUGAUAAAACUACCACGUUAGUAUCUACUUGUGGGUAAGCAAAAAUAAAUACAAUAAUUUGUUGAUAUGAAAAUUUUCAGUAUAAAUUGAGUGAUUUGGCAUGUAUAUUUCCAUAAAUUGUUUCCUUUGGAAUCCGUCCAUCGGUCCAUGUCUUUUUGUUGAAGAAUGAUUAGGAAUGCACUUAAGCACUCAUAACAGCAGUAGAUGUGUCAAGAUAUUGUGUCAAAUUUGUUAUUACAGGGAUCUCUAGUCAGCAGAUUGUUUCUCCUUCUUUUCCUCUCUGUGUAGAGAUGGCUUCUAGCUUACUUUGAAUUGGAUGACAUGGCAUUGUGAGUUUGUGGCGCAAUUUGUGUGGUCAUCAAGUGCAAUGUAAAAUACAUAUAUACUUCCAUUUUUCUUCGUUGUUCCGCAUAUAAAUAUAAAUCUUAAUAUUUUUAUU